AUGAAUUUGGGUGACGAUCAUUUCAAAGAUGGGGGAGCGCCGGAGCGCCAAAAGACCGCAGAAGAAAUGGAGGCCAUCAACAAACUGCUAGCGUGGGUCAAGAUGAAUUUGGGUGACGAUCAUUUCAAAGAUGGGGGAGCGCCGGAGCGCCAAAAGACCGCAGAAGAAAUGGAGGCCAUCAACAAAAGAAGGAGAGAGGAAUGCGAGCGAAAAGCUCGGAGAGGAGAAAUGGAUCCAAGGCUGGAAUUCACGUUCCAGCUCUUGAUAGACGGCACGGGACUCCAUCGCACCGACAUCAUGGACCACGUGUUCGAUGGAAAUAUGCUGGACGAGAUAAAUCAGCUAUUCCUACCGCACAUGCGCAACAAACUAUUAUGGUUUUACCAGGAGGUUGAUGAACCUGAUCCAACUCCUCCCGUCGAAACAGUGAAAGCAACCGGCCUGAGAGCAGUGGCAGCCGCCCUACCCAAAGCACAGGCAGGUCCCAGUGGUUCGCACAAAAAGAAGAAACUGUUCCUGACGGAUGGGUGGCAAGUGCCUCUCACCGGCAUCUGCAUCUAUAUGUUCAGGCUGAACACCGGCAAGCAGCUUCCCGAAGAGGGCUUUCAUAAGGACCUUUUCUCUGGAAUAAUCGAUGCUACGAAGAUUGGACUUGUGACAUCAGUUCAGCGAGUGAUGGAGCAUGUGUUCAUGGAGGCGUUGGCUCAUCCAUCUCCGGAAAGCGAAGAGGAAGAGGGCAAUUGCUUCAUGGUCAAGAAUCAACUCCUGCCGGGACUGCGAUCAUUUUGUAGCGCAUUGAAAGUAUGUGAAGAGGUUUGCGAUGAGCCCAAUUUCUUCCUUGAUAACAUCAUCAUACUGCAGAAUGUGGGCAAUGCUGCUGAAGCCAAAGAACUCAUAAGAAAUCCCAUCAAUGUGCAGACACUUGAAGAAAGAGUUAAGCAGUGGGUCAAGCAUGUACAAGAGCAAGUGUUGAUGGAAAGUGAACAACUCAGGAAAGAGAACGACUCAAGUGGACCUCAAGAUGAGCUCGAGUAUUGGAAAAAGAGAGGUGCUCAAUUUUCACAGAUAGUAUCCCAACUGAAGAGUUCUGAGGUACAAUUGACAAUCCAGUGUCUCCUACUUGCACGCAGCAAAACUGUGAGGCAGUGGAAGGAAACAGAUUAUAAAAUAACUUACUGCUAUAAUGAGGCCAGAGAUAAUGCCAAGUUUAUACAAGCAAUGGAAAAAUGCUGCCACGCUCUCUACCUGCAUGAUCCAGUGCGAAUGAAAGACUCAAUCCUCAGCCUGCUGCAGACUGUUAGACUCAUUCACAGCGUUUCUCAGUUCUACAAUACAUCCGAGCGUACAUCAUCUUUGAUGGUGAAGAUCACAAAUCAGAUGAUAGAACAGUGCAAGCAGUACGUGACAUGUCGAGGCAAGGAGACCAUCUGGUCGCAGGAGAGAAGCGACGUCCGCGAGAAACUGCUCAACUGCAUUCGCCUCAACAGAGUCUACCACAACACCUACACUCUCGUCAAGCGCCAGCCCUUCCUGCCCAACCAGACCCCGUUCAGCUUCUCUGAAAACUACGUUUUCGGCAAAUUCGACGGCUUCUGCGAUCGGUUGGGCAAAAUCAUAUCAGUGUUCGAUCUGCUCGAUGACUAUAAUAGCUUGUUCGAAAGGAGAAUGGAAGGACUACUCCUUGGAGAAGCGCUUGAUGAAUCAAUGAAAAUAUUCGAGGUGGCCAAAACUGGAGUGAUGAGUAAAGAAUACGAUUACCUUGAUCAACGGAAUAAUGAAUUCGAUACGGAUUUCGAUAUUUUCAUUCAAAGAACGACUGAUCUCAGAGAGCAUGUCGGUAAUUUGAUUGAGGAGAAUUUCGCCAGCGUUUGGGAGAGCCCUCAAGGCAUACGAUUUCUCACACGUUUUGAAAAGGUUAGUGAGAAAAUUCCAUUAACACGUAUGGACGAAAAGUACAGUCGUAUAUUGAAGUACUGUGAACAGGAAGUUGAGAGAAUCCUGAAGUUAUUUCGCAAGCAAAAAGAUGACCCACCAUUGUCAAGGAAUUUUCCUCCAAUUGCAGAUUGA